AUUGCUUAGUUACCCAGUUUGUUAGUGGUUUGUGUGCGUGGGUUCGCAGCCACUGGCCGUGUGCAAGCCCGCUCUUUUGGUGGCUACCGCUACUGACUGUACUCAUUACUACGACUCCUACUGUGCCUUUCUCUUCUCUUCCCUUCCAACCCCUCCACUUUGCUUUCGACAUACAAACUCGAUCUGCACAGGACCGCCAUCAGGGACUCUGCACCCCCGAUCAGAUAAAGCCUCUACCUAGCGCUCUGGACUUGCAGACGGUCGCCUUGCAUCGUCUCCAACGUCCGCCUAGGAUCUUUUGAUUCUUUCUUUGCCUCCUCGAUCCGAGAUCGAUCUUCCACCACCCUUUUAGAUACCACAUACCCUCAUCACAAUGGCCCUGAAGCGCAUCAACAAGGAGCUCAAGGACCUCGGCACUGACCCGCCAUCAUCCUGCUCCGCUGGUCCUGUUGGAGAAGAUCUGUUUCACUGGCAAGCUACCAUUAUGGGUCCCGGUGAUUCACCAUACUCAGGAGGCGUCUUCUUCCUGAAGAUUCAGUUCCCUACGGAUUACCCCUUCAAGCCCCCGAAAGUCAACUUUUCCACCAGAAUCUACCACCCCAACAUCAACAGCAACGGCAGCAUCUGCCUCGAUAUUCUUCGAGACCAGUGGAGCCCUGCUCUGACCAUUUCCAAAGUUCUCCUUUCCAUCUGCUCUAUGCUGACAGACCCGAACCCCGAUGAUCCCCUUGUGCCUGAGAUUGCGCACGUGUACAAGACCGACCGGCCCCGGUACGAGGCGACCGCUCGGGAAUGGACCCGCAAGUACGCCGUCUAGGCAAUACCAAACGGUUUCUUUUAAGGGGUUUUGAUGGCGCUGGGUGUUUGACGUCCUCUAUCACGCAAUGACGGUGCGGCAUGUUUGGCGAGCCUCUACGUUAUAAGCGGGUGCGGGGAUGGUAUUCGAAGGCGGACAGUGCAAGUUUUUUUCUUUCUUCUCCUUGCUGUUCUCAUCAUCUCUUCGGGUGCACCACGUUUAUGAUGCUGGGGGUGAGACGA